AUGGCCGACAAAGCGGCUUCCCCAGCAAGCCCGGCCUCAUCUACUGAAGGUGAACUUCAUAAGCUCUCACAGGCGGUCGCAGAAUUCUCCCGCCAAAUUAACGAGCUGGGGAGCAGAGUAUCUGACCUGGAGACCAGGACAGACGAGUUAGCUGACGCCAUUGGGACUGACAGGGAGGACAUCGACGCGCACUCCCUUCAACUACAAGCUCUAGAGACAAAGAUUGAGGACCUAGAGAACAGGUCUAGAAGAGGGAACUUGCGCAUAAAGGGCUUACCUGAAUCCUUCCAAGACCUCCCAGGUACAAUUGGCGCGCUGUUUAGCGCCUUGCUCCCACAGGCCCAACUGUCUCAACUAAAGAUGGACAGAAUCCACAGAGCCCUGGGGAAGCCGCGCAUCCCUGAUACUCCUAGGGAUGUAGUCCUUAAGUUACAUUACCCUGAGAUGAGAGACUUGAUCCUCAACGCCGCACGAAAUUUGAAGGCCAUGCCGAACCUUCCGCCUGAGGUACACAUUUACGCGGACCUGGCUCCCACGACGCUCCGGAUGCGUAGGGAGAUGAAGCCGGUGACUCAGGCGCUACAGCAAGCUCAGGUACGCUACAGAUGGGGAUUCCCCUUCGCCCUAUCGUUCCAGCUUAAUUCGCGCCAGUAUACGGUUCAUACACCUGCUGAGGGGAUUGAAAAACUGAGGCAAGCCGGCUUAAAGGUGGACUGCUUGGAGAAAUCUGUUGCGCCUCCUAGGCCUCAGUGCCCUGCCAGAGUUUGGUCCCAGCCCCAUAGUGUCCCCCAUGUACUCGUCCCCAGCUUGGAAAUAAAUGCGAAAGGCGUUAUCCUGAAAGCUUUUGAGCGCUACCGACUGAAAACUUGUAUUAACUUUAAACCCUGGAAUGGUGAAAAAAAUUAUGUAUCCGUGUUUAAAGAUAAUGGAUGCUAUUCAUAUGUUGGAAUGCAGAAUGGAAAACAGCAACUUUCUAUUGGCACUGGUUGUGACACAGUAGAAAUAGUUCAACAUGAAGUCCUGCACGCACUAGGAUUUUAUCAUGAGCAAUCGCGAUCUGACCGGGAUGACUAUGUGACCAUCUUGUGGGAAAAUAUUCAGUCUAAUUUGAAACACAAUUUUGUUUCGUAUAGUGAUACAGAGACCACGUUUCUAGACGUUCCCUAUGACUACACAUCUGUCAUGCAUUACCCCAGUACAGCGUUCUCUGCCAAUGGCAAUCCAACAAUUCAGACAAAGAAAGCUGCAUUCAAUAAUCUUAUCGGGAAGCAAGUAGAUUUAAGUGGCAAUGAUGUCUUGAAGUUAAAUCGACUGUACAACUGUUCUUCUUCUUUAACAUUCCUGGAUUCCUGUAGCUUUGAAUCAGACGACAUAUGUGCCAUGAUUCAGAGCACAAAUGACAGUACUGACUGGGAGUAUGUUUCCAGUGUACCAGAAGGACCAAACACAGACCAUACACAUAUGGGAAAAGGCACAGGAUAUUUUAUGUACUUUGACACAAGUACAGGCGAGACUGGAAAUGAAGUUAUCCUGGAAAGUAGACUCUUCUACCCAGCGAGAGGAUUUCAGUGCCUGGAAUUCUUUUACUAUCAUAGCGGUAACGAGAGUGACCAACUGAACAUCUGGAUCAAGGAAUACACCAGUGAUUCCCCCAAUGGCAGUCUGACAUUUGUUAACUCUGUAACUGGUCCACCUGCUGAUUACUGGCAGAUUCACCAUUCUAAACUAACUGCAAAAAACAAAUUUAGAUUUGUAUUUCAAGGACUAAAAGGAGGGGGCGACUCCGCUGGAGGAAUUUCAAUUGAUGACAUCAAUUUGUCAGAAACAGAAUGCCCUCAAAAUGUCUGGCACAUCAGAAACUUUACACGUGACUUGAUAAAAAGUUCUCUUUAUAGUCCCCCAUACUACUCCAAAGAUGGAUAUGCCUACCAGAUAUCCUUAAUAGAAGAUCCUUGGUCAAGUUUUCCAUUCAACAUGGCAACAUAUCUAUAUUUGGUAUCAGGCACGAAUGAUGCUACUCUUCAAUGGCCAUGCCCCUGGAGACAAGUCACAGUAGAGUUCAUCGAUCAAAACCCAAAUGCUCAAGAACGGACAUCAAAUAUGAAGAGUAUUACUACUGAUCCUAAUGAAUACUAUGGUUAUUAUGCGUGGGAUAAUCCAGCGGUGAAUGGCUUUGAAUAUACAUAUCCCAAUGGGACUAUAUACAAUAUAACUGGCGGCAUAUAUGGACAAUAUCUCUUUACGGCUGAAGAAUGGCUUUAUAGAAGGGACUUCCUGAAAGGAGGAGAUGCUUUCAUUUCGAUAUCCAUGGAAGGUUAG